AUGGUUCCUCAACGUUUGAAAGACAAAGAAAAGGCAGCUGCACCUGAGCCUGAGAGACUCAAAUCGACGGUUCCGAAAAGCGUUAAAGUCAAUCCAGUCGACUUUCUGAAGCUCAGGGAUUUCAACAACAAAUACUGUCUUGGUGUUCAUGCCAUUAACGAUAUCACUGAAAAGUCGGGCCAGUCGCCGACAACGAUACGCUUUCUCCUGACAGUAUUGGUGGGCUCGAAGGCGGCACGAGGCACUAGUGCGGACCAGAUCACACAGGCACUAAGCCCCACGAACUCACGGGACGCGGUCACCGAACGCAUCAACCUCGUGGACAGCGCCCUCAACGAGUGGGCUCUGCUCUCUACUGCGGGUCUAAGAGACAUACCGCUUGAUCGCCUUGAGGAAGGACGCCUCUGCCGAUUCCAGUCCGCCAUUUUUGUUCCAAUGAACGACCUCACCUUCAAGGCUGAGUUUUACUGGCUGAUCACCAACCGCAUGGGUGUUAUCUGGACUGAGACAUCACGAAAGGAUUUUGCUCAUGCUCAAAAGUGGGUAUCCAAAAUGUCAAAGGGUUUAUUUACUCACAAUUUUCCAAAACAGUGCAGCGGCUCUCUCGUACUUGCCACCGCAUUGCAAUUUAAAGGCGAGUGGGCUCAACCUUUGGAACUCUACGGUAGUUCCAAGGGAUCAUUUGAAGUAUCUCCAAACACAAGAAUUGAUAUUCCUAUGCUCAGCAUUGUAGCAGAGGUUAUUUACUACAAAGAUACCAAAAAAGGCUUCCAUUUAGUUGGAAUUCCAUUUAAGGAUACGCGAUUCGCAAUUGUUUUUUUAUUGCCUUUGGUGCCUCACAAAUUCGCGGAGGUAGAGCAUGGCUUCACAGAGGGUCUGGACUACGGUCUCUUCAAUAGCUCGCGAGUGCAGCUGUGCAGCAUGCACGUGAUCAUACCUAUGUUCCGAGUGCAAACGGAGGUGGACCUCUGCAAGGCCUUGCCCUUCCUCGGCAUGAAAAAUCCAUUCGACUCUAACCAGGCCGACUUUUCUGGCAUCAGCGAUGUUGAAAAUCUGCGCAUCGAUAGCGGCAAGGAGUCGGCCUUCCUGCAGGUCUCCAGAAGCGGGGUCCGACUUUUUUCGGUGGGUACUCUCAGUCUGGGGACGGGUCGCCACAAGUUUAAGCAUCCUGAUCUCUUUGAGGUGCCAAUCCUUGGACCACCGGGGGAUGGGGACGCAAAGGAGGUGCAUUCCUUCACAGUGAACCAGCCCUUUUCCGUCAUCAUCAUUAAUCGCAAGUCCGACUGCGUUCUCUACCAAGUCAGGGUCAAGGUGCCUGAGCCUCCGUCCAACUUCAAACUGCCUGCCAUUAACUGA